AGCGGUCCCCCGCCCCCUCCCUCCGCCUCCUCCUCCCUCGCCCGCAGCCGAGCGUCCCCUCCCCCCACCCGUCGGGCUCUUCGUCGGCUACUGCAGAGGAUUCAGAGCCUAGUCUGAGGAGGAGGCUCCCGUUCCCUGCGCGCCAUCCGCCACCUUACUGGACACCGGCGAGGGAGCGAGAGCGUCGCCACUGUAGCCUCCAGAGAAGACAAGGGCAUCGCCGCCUCCGCCGCCGCCGUCGUCUUCGCCUGCAGCGGCUAGCCGGAUCCUCAGUCUUCCACAAUGAACCCUGUGUAUAGCCCCGUGCAGCCUGGGGCUCCUUACGGCAACCCUAAGAACAUGGCCUACACAGGUUACCCUACAGCCUACCCGGCAGCAGCCCCUGCCUACAAUCCCAGUCUGUACCCCACCAAUAGCCCCAGUUAUGCUCCAGCAACUCUGCUGAUGAAACAGGCCUGGCCACAGAACUCGUCUUCCUGUGGUACUGAAGGCACCUUCCACCUCCCAGUGGACACCGGGACCGAGAACCGAACUUACCAAGCAUCCUCUGCGGCUUUCAGAUAUACUGCGGGGACACCAUACAAGGUCCCACCGACCCAGAGUAAUACUGCUCCGCCCCCCUACUCCCCAUCACCCAACCCCUAUCAGACGGCCAUGUAUCCAAUCAGAAGUGCCUACCCCCAGCAGAAUCUGUAUGCCCAGGGAGCCUACUACACACAGCCGGUGUACGCUGCCCAGCCCCACGUCAUCCACCACACCACGGUUGUCCAGCCCAACAGCAUUCCCUCUGCCAUCUACCCGGCGCCUGUUGCUGCCCCCAGGACCAAUGGUGUGGCCAUGGGCAUGGUGGCUGGCACCACCAUGGCAAUGUCAGCAGGUACCCUGCUGACCGCACCCCAGCACACCGCGAUCGGGGCACACCCUGUCUCCAUGCCAACGUACAGGGCCCAAGGGACCCCCGCGUACAGCUAUGUGCCCCCGCACUGGUAAAGCCUGCAGCCCAUCCAAAUCUGGAGUCACACAUUGUAUGCAACUACUCAAGUCUUACACAGGUGCUGGAGCAGUCCCCUAGCAGCACCACCUCUAUUUGCAAGAAGAGACAACAGAAGUGCAAGGGUCACUUUAUGCAUCUUUAACGGUUUUGGUUUUUAUUUUUGGUUUUUGUAAAAGCUGCUUUUUCUAAUCUCCUGCCUCUCCCCACUGUCCCCUUCUUAGCCGCUACCCUUCCAGCUCUGUCCCCUCCUUCUGACCAGGCACAUCCUCUCUGCUCUUCUUCGCCCCUUCCCCAAGCAUCUGGUCCCCGGGGACCCCAGUCUAGUGGCAGGCAGAGAGGGGGGUUUAUUGCAAUGGUUCAGCUGAAGAUGUGAUUUCCUUUGAAGAGCAUAACACAUGUGGCCCUCAGGUCCAGGGUAGAAACUCAGAGCUGUCGAGCAACUUACAUCUCUGGGGGAUUAUUUCUUUAUUUUUCCUAAGCAAGAUUGGUUGGGGACAUGACCAUGUCCUGACACAAAGGAAAGUCUUCUGAGAACCAUCGCAACAGACCAAGAACAGAAUCACCUGAUUAGGUAGGAGUGUUCAUAGCAGCUUAAUACCCCAGGUGAGAACCUGGGAAAACCAGAUUCUUUCCUUGGGAGAACUUGAGGGAGGGUGGGGAGGAGGGAGGGCACUGUGGGAAGAAAGAGGGGAGAGGGGCUUGCCUGCUGGCUUCGGUUUGUAAGGUCUCUGGCCAAAUUGGGCCUGGACCCUCUGAUUUGCACAGUGUUGUUAACUGACCUGGCACUUCCUCAAAAGGUAAUUUUGACCUCAGACCUGCCAAGCAGCUUCAGGGUGAUGGUAUCCCAGCCUCCCAAAGCCUUGGAAGGCCAGGUGCCCUAUGUAAUCCAGACCUUGGCCCCUGAGCCCAGUGGACCCACUCUGAUAAGAUGCUUCCUCCUGAUUAGAGUGGGAACCUAUGGCAUUUUCUCUCCCUUCCCUCUGCCCUUCCCGGUGCCAGGGCUCACCAGUCUGUCCAUGGGGCUCUUGGUUACCUUGUGCCAUUCACGGCCAAAGUGAAGGAACCACAUUCUAGGUGGGUGCUGGCAGCUCUGAAGGUCAGGAUA